AUGGCUGAUGCCAACCAGCACCCUUUGUGGUGCAAGCACUGUGAAGUGGAAGGACACUUGAUCACCCACUGUCAUGUUCUUUACCAAGACCUGACCAACUUCGAUACGGCUGUUCGAAUGUCCCAAGGCCCAGGCGCUGAUCGCAAGACAGCCUAUCCUAUUGCCCGCUGGGGCCGGGGAAAGAAGAAUAAAGUUUACGGCCCUGCUGUAUUCGGUGCUGCGCAAGGUGUCCCUGGUCAGGGUAUCGACUACCCAACAAUCCCUCCCAUUGCUCUGGACCCAUUGGAGGCCUAUGCUGCGUUGAACUACCUGCAUCAACAAUGGAUGUAUUGGUUGCAGUGCCGUGCUGCAUGGUAUGGAUACUAG